GACAAGUUGCCUGAGAUCUACAGACGCUUCCCACAGCCCUGAGCAGGCUCCUCUGUGCUUCACUAACAGUCACACCAGAGGUGGGUGACAGAGCCAUGGAGGAUUAACAAGCAAGCUCCACAAAGGCUGUCUAAAACAAAAAGAGAAGAUAAUAGGCACUUUGCACUGUUCCUGACAACUUCUCUUCUUUCCUGCACUCCUAAAACCUCUGAUUUGUGCCCUCUGCUUUCUUGUUGCCAUGGAGAAGGUUCAAUACAUAACCCGCUCUGCUCUGAGGAGAGCCUCAACUAUUGAGGUCAACCCACAAGCACGCCAAAGGCUCCAAGAGCUCUUUGUGAAUUUCUGCCUGAUUUUAAUUUGCCUCUUGCUGAUCUGUAUCAUUGUGAUGCUCCUCUGAAGUUCCAGCACUUCUCUGCACUGUCCGCUAGGAAAGUGACCCCAGAGGGAAGAGAGACCUACACCCGCAACUCCCAAUGCAAGGAUCCUCUUGUGAGAGGGGCUAGCACUUGGACUAGAGCUGUAUGCCAACCAUCGCACUAUUCUCUUACUACCUGCUACAUGUAUUAAAAACACACUUCUUCUGUGCAGAACAGUGUUUAGAGCCUGUUGUUACAAAGCUGUGCAUGACCUAAUUUGUCUGUCUCGGUCAAGAGAUGCCUUUUCUGAAUGGGGUAAAGUACUGGCUCUUCAUGGAGUUGGUAAGUUCCUCAAUGUUUUAGCUAGAUCACACAGGCAGCAACUUCACUUUUUGGGGGCCUGAUUGUUUUUAGAUUUCUCUGAAAAUCCUUAAGCCCUUGGAGGGGUUCCAAAUUUGGCCUGCGUCUGCCCAAAGAAGAGCUACAGGCACACAGCCCUCAAUGCAUCCUAGGAAAAUUUCUGCUCUGCUUACUUCAAGGUGCUGCAUCUCUGCAUUAUCAACUGAAGGCAUUCAAAUUGUUUUAGUGGGUUUUUUUAAGGGAAUAUGAGAAUAAACCAAAAAUCUCUUCUAACCCAGAAAUAAAAACUAUUUCCUACGCUUUUCUCUCUAUUUAAGGGAUCUUGUGUGUGUGUGUGUGUGUAUAUAUAUACAUACACACACACACACACACCCCCCUUUAACUAGGAAAAAAAAAAAGGCAACUUCAUUUACAGUAUUUUUCACUAGAUACAUCCUUACAGAACUAAGUGACAUUUGGGAAGUUUUUUCACUAUGUUUUGCAGAAAAAACUGACACUACCACACUGGUAUCAAAGAUUUAAUUUUCUAUAGUCAUUUAACUGACAUGACAAUUGGCACAACUCAGAAAUAAUUCUCAGAGUUCUUAAUAUUUGGCUUCAGACAAGUUUAUUAUGGCCUGCUGUAAUUUAUGUAAUAAUUGCCUUAGUUUAAAACUACAGAAAACUUGGUACUUGCCAAUGUCACACAAGGUGGCUUUUAUCUGAUGUGGUAAAGAGAAAGGUCUAGGUCACUCUUACUGCUGUGAUUGAAGUGUAUCAUAGAAAUACAAGUAACACCACCACCUUCAACUGCAAAUGUCUGUUAGAGAACAAGCAAGUAUUUUCCUAAAAUAAGUGAUACAUAAAAAAAGAAAAUAAAUCAUAAACAAUUAUGCAUAGGUGGGAAAGCAUUGCAGAAAUAUCUUUUCAAACAUGUAAACUACAGUCUAUACACAUGAAAGACGAAGUUUCUACUCCAGCAGUUGUCAGUAACAAGACUGAGCAGUAGAUUUCCAACCCUCCUACGUGUUGCUGGUAUUAAGCUAAAUUCCUAGAAACUUUAUACAGUUUUCAAAUCAAGUUUAUUUUAAUCCUGUAUUCUGCCUUUAAGACUUAAUAUUCCAUGAGUAGAGGUUGACAAUGAACAGCUGAACAGCAAGGGAAGAAAUCUUGGAAAAAAAAACUCUGUAUUCAACGGAAUGCAAGCAAGUCCAGUGGUGAUGCACUUCUUAUCUGGCAAAUAGAUACGCUGAGACCAGACCUCUGAAAUAAGGUUAAUCACUAGAGGAAAUUAGCUACUGUAUAAGGAUUAGGGUAAGCACUGAUGAGAUCGGCAACGCACACCCCCACUUGCAAGUUAGUAUAUGAAUAUUACUGAUUUGAACUGUCAAAGUAAAUCUCAGUUUCCAUUUCAUGCAUUCUGACCACUCUCACAAAUGCAUGAGAUUUUUAGUAAGCGCACUUUCCCUAUUAAUACUUCUCCUCAAGAAAAGCCACAAACACAGUGCACUUC